AUGCUGGUGUGCGCUAUCCAGCUAACUGACGAGGUCACCGAGCAUUGCGUCGCCAUAUGGAGCUUCCGCGCCGCGUGUGCCGACCUCAGGUUCCGUGCCGACAAGCUCGCGGCGCUGCUGCGGCAGGGGCAGCCGCGACCUCCCGCGGUCUGGGGCGAGGACGCCGGCGAGUUCAACGGCCCGCUGAGGUUCGACGGCGGGGCCACCAAGCAGGCGCCGAAGCACCUCAGCGCACUGCUCUCCUUCUCCAGCGGGCCGAGGGCGUGCAUCGGGCAGAACUUCGCGAUGAUCGAGGUGAGAGGCGUGGUCGCCGCGAUCCUGCAGCGGUUCUCGCUGUCGCUCUCGCCGAAGUACGUCCACGCGCCGACCGACGUGAUCACGCUACGGCCUAAGUACGGGCUCCCUAUGAUCGUCAGUGGCAUCGAGGCGUAG